UGUAAUCUGUAAGAUCAGCAGUGUAAGUGUGUGUGAAUGUAGUGUUGUAUGGUGCAGCAACAGAAACAACACAAACCAAAUGCCAACCAAACCAGAAAGGUGGCUCAAGGAGGAGGGAGAACCAGAACUGAGCUCCAACAUGGUUUUAAAAGCACUAGCACACAACACAGGGCCCAGGUGUGCCAGGUCUGCUGAUGAGCCCAGGUACUGACGACCCUUUGCCACACCCACCUCUAGUACCUGCAAAAGGAAGCAGCCACAGACAGGAAGCAACAGGUACACAGGGGGAGAGGGAUUGUCACAGCAAUUAUUUCUUUAAUGUUCUGCUGUUCUGGGGUCUGUGGAUCGAGUCUCAUUGACUGUGCCACAAUCUCACAGUGGUUUACUGUAGUCUCCGUCUAUGUCUCUUUCUCUCUUCUCUUUACCUGUGAAUGGGAUGAUGAAAGUGGAAAGGUAACUGGAUACCAACGGUUUGGAUAUGAUGUCUAAGAAGUCUUCAAAUCAUUGGACUUGAAGACACUGACAUGGGUGUACACAAAACAGGCUGCCACCUUUAAACACAAGUGGGAUACAGACAAAGCUUGAUUACACUUCAGUAAUAACAUCCUGAUUGAUCCUGUUAACAGAAUACGUGUUGCAUGGCUGAUGGUGACUUUUAUCAGUCACAGACUGGAUACAUUGAUCUUAUAUUACAAAUAGUUUUCAUUAAGUACAAACAAGAAGCUCCCACAUCAAGGUUAAACUACAAACGCUUUCAUGAUGAUCACAGAUGUCCAUGUACAGCUAUUGUAGACUGCCUACAAGGUCCAACUGAUCGUCACCUGUUCUCUUCCAUUUUUCUCACUCCUGCAUGAUUUAGAUUUACUUUCAAAAUGAUUUAAACAACAACGGUUUAACCGAAUCUAUCGAAUUUAAGAUCAGUGCAUAUUUAUACUCAAGUUUUUCAUCACUGCAUCUUCUGGUUUCCCAAAACUCGUACAGUCCAUGACUUCAGCAAACACCUCCAUGUGCGCUCAUAGGACAUCAUCAGGUCAGGAAAGUGUUUAUGUGUUGUUUGGCAACAGCCCAGUACCAGGCCAGUUGCGGAACUAUUUAAGUUGGCGUAGCCAAAUAAAUAAUGAAAUAAACAAACAAAUCAUAAUCUGUUGUUACGUAUUACUCUUAACUAAUAUGGCCUCGUACCUACGACCGAAUCACAGCUGUGCUGAUAUUUAGUACAUCACAACCUUUUCUGUGAUACUGAUUAAUUGUUAGUGACUGAGAAAAAUAACCAGUAACAGCAUUGUUGAAUGAAGACUCUGCAGUGUGGACCCAAUUAAUAGGCAGCAGGUGUGAUAAUGACGUCAUGAAAGCAGCCCAGACCAGACUCUCCACUGGUCGCCACUCGGAGGGCUCCAGCUCCUGUUCACAUCAUGCCGCUGUUAGCGUGGCUUCUUUGGACGUUGCUUUGCGGUUCACUAGGAAGUCCGGUUCAGCGAGCGACGUGGUCUGAGGGGUUACACUCGGUCUCGAGAAAACAGGAUGGAGGCACGAGUCCCUCGUUCUACCACUUGCCCAUGUUCCAGCACGCGCUGGGGCCGCUUGUGGCACGAGAGCUCUUCCGGCCGGUCCCUCACAAAUGGCCGCUCCCCGCCGGACUGACCGCGUUGCUGUUACCCCCAGCGGAACAACAGCGGAGCGUCCAGGCGACCGGUGCACGCGCUGUGGAGGUCUGGUGUGGAUACGAUAAACUCUCUGUUCGCGUGGACCGCUUCCAGCUGCGCGCGUGGACCUUCCCGUCCCUGUUCCGACUGGGCACGUGCGAAGCCAGCAGGGUCAGCCCGCGCUACCUGUACUUCCACUACAGACUGACGGAAUGCGGCGGAGACUCUAAGGUUGUUGGUGGUCAGCUGGUGUAUACCUAUUCACUGUGUUAUACUCCACCUGCACAAGGCUACGUCAUCAGAGUUGUACCUCUAAACCUUCCCAUCCACUGCAAUUACAACAGAUUUCAUUACUCGUACCAAGUUGGCUUCAGACCUCAAGUUCAGCACACAACCUUUAUGAAGACCAUCAGGAGUAAACACGGCUUCAGCCUCACCGUCUGUAACGCCCAGUGGGAGCCCCUCCCUCCAGGCCACUGGUUCUUUCUAGGGGAGCCAGUGAAUUUUGUGGCCCAGACAGGCGCUCUGUUGGCUGGGGAGAGGCUUUAUGUGGACUCCUGCAACGCCACACGCUCCACUGACCCAAACAGCACGCCCAGAGUGGAUAUUAUCACUAACGAUGGCUGCAUGAUGGACAGCAGGAGGGAGGGCAGCAGCUCCAGGUUCCUGUCAGCAGGGGGCAGUGUGCUAAGGUUCUCUGUGGACGCCUUUCUCUUCAGUGCAGUCACACAAGUCCUGUACCUUCACUGUUCAAUGUCAGUUGGUCUCUCUGCUUCCUUCACUGCAAAGUCCUGCAACUACAACCAGGCUGCUGGCAGGUGGGAGGAGCUGGAAGCCCCGCCCUCAGUCUGCUCCUGCUGUGACUCCAUAUGCACCGACGCACAGGACUCUGUCAAAAACACUGUGAGCAGUCCGGGCUGGCUCAUUGGACACAGGGGUGAGGAGAGACCAAGGACUUUUCAAGCAGAGGAGGGAAGAGAGUGGCCGGACCAGGAAGAGAAGAAGGAAGAACGACUGGAUGAGCUCUUAAAGAAAGUCCAGACUUUCGACCACGAGGAGAAAAAAGAGGAGUCAGUUUCUGAGAAGCUGUCAGUGCUCCCGGCUGAGAAAGAGGAGACGAGGCAUGAUGCUGCAGGCUUCCUAAUAGAGGAAGAGGAGGAAGAGGAGGAGGCAGGCGGCCAGCUGAGUGAUGACAUCAUCAUGUCAGACCAGACCACACCUGGGGGAAAUGAGACGGCCGGGGAGGGGGUACCUGGUACAGAAACUGGUUCUGACAGUGGUUUAUCCACUAACUCUUCCAGCUUUAUCACUACAACAAACUCCAGCUUCAUUGAAUAUGAUCAUACACGUCGUCAUGGUUCUGCUGCCAAUGUUUCCAAAGCUGUAAACCCCAUCGUUCACCUCUGUCCUGACGGUGAUGAGAUGAGCUGCAGUGACACUAACAGUGGUAGUAAAAGUGCUGCAAGUGGUUCUGCUGUGAGUCCAGAGAGCUUUACCCCCUUUAAUGCAAGAGCUUCAGGUGGUUCCAGUAGAUCUGGUUCUGUUCAGGAUUCAAGGGUCCACGAGGGUCUGGAGACAUUAGCUGGGACACAGUCUUCCACCAGUAAGUCUGGAUUUGAUCCCCCUGGUUUUCUUGAGGUCAUGAAGGCAGGACAGAGCCGGCUGGAGUCUGAGGAGCUGGACCCGCUCCUGAGGUCAGAACUGUUCAAGUCUGCUCAGAAAUCAGUGGACACCAAGUCUGACAGGAUGCCAGGACAAGGUGUUUCUGUGAACAGUAAAGGAGCAGAUGGAGAUGAUGAUGAUAUUAUGCUUCACAGUCUACAGAUCAGAGGGUUAGAAUCAGACCAGUCUGCUCACGCAGCUGGGCUCUGGGACCUGGUCUCUGUAGAAGAGUCUGGUUCUGACUCUGGAUUUGCAGAAGGUGAAGCUCUUCAUCUGAGUCCGUUUACUGGAGCAGUGAAGACAAAGGAAGAAGCACAGGGAUUCACUGACAGCGUGAUGAGGCAUCACCAUGUCAGACCUGGUUCUGCUAGUUCAGAGCACCAUGAAAACACUGUUCACUCUGCUGUGGUGAUGGUGACGUCCACCCUGCAGGGCUCAGACAGCAGCCAGGUGGCUGACAGGGAAUGGGCCGAGGUGGUGCCAGGACAGAGGUCUGGGUUUGAGGUGGAGCUGAGACACCAGCUGAUGUAGGACUUCUCUGGAUGAACAGGGUUGAUGUUCCCACAAACAUCUCAUCGAAUCAACAGCCCACCAAUAAACUCCUUUAAUGAAUCUCAUCUAA